AUGCCGGCUGACCGACGCUUUCCCUCCAGACGUUCUGUGCGCUUAUUCGAGCGCCCGCCUCCGAACUACAAGGAAUCCUCGCCGGAGAAGGAGGAAAAUGAGAACUCUGCUCAGCAGGACUCUGUUCCGGCGGCGCCACAGACGGAUACGACCAUUGUCACACCUCCCCCUGCGAGCAUGGCCCUUUCCCUUGCGAGCACGACCCGCUCUUCACCACCUGCCUCGGCAUCCACACCUGCAGACUUGAGCUCGAACGAGCACGAGGACGAAUUCGAAGCCGCCUUGGCUUGCUUCUUAGAGACUCAGUUCAGCGCUGACGUGGCCAGCAUCCGCGGCCGCUGCCUGCAUAUAUGCAACGUCGCAACGGCUGCCUGGAAGGCCCUCACGGUCGCGGAGCGGGAACAAUACUUCAACGCAGCCAAACACAAGCAGACGAAGGACUCGCGCGAACAAUCAUCUGUCGCGCAAGAUGACGGCCGAGUGGCGAAGUCGCCGACGCCCCCCAUGCUCAUGCCUGCCGAUUGGUCGGAUCCUCAGUCCCGUUCAACCAUGGAGAAGGUGUAUGGUCUCGAAGAGGCGCAGAGGUUGGAGGGCAGUGUCAGCAUGCACGCGCCUCCGCAUCAGUCCAAGUCACUCCUCGGCGGCUCGCGAUCGACGCGGUCGCGGUCGCUGUCUGACCUCCCCAACCCUCCCCCUGAGCCCACCGCCAUGACUACCACCUGGUCUGAUGCAGGGUAUCGGUUCCCGGAGAUGUCUAGCGACGAUGCCGAUUGGCUCUGGCCUGCCCACCUAUCCAACUCGCUCGUCGGCAGCGCGCGCACGGCAAAGACACGCUCGCUGCCUGACGUCUUCACGCAGGCGGCAGAGUCGAGCUCCAGCGCCACCGUGGGGAACGCCACGCUCUCGCUGUCAGAGCAGUCUUUCCCAGCUGCCAGCAACGACAACUUUGCGCAGGGGUCAAACUUGGGCUGGACCAUCACGGAGAACGACAAGAUUUACAAGCCGCCCACCCGCUCGAACUCGCACUCCCGCCGUCGCGGUGACGACCACAUACCACGUCCUCCCAACUCUUCUAUGUUGUUCAGAUCCGAAUACUGGAAGGAGCAGAAGGCGAACGCCUCCGAGCGUAACCACCGCGAGGUCAGUCGCGCUGCAGCUCGCGAUCGCGCCCGGCAUGAGCUCUCGGAAGCGGGUCGCGGUCACUAUCAGCAGCUCGCAGACCGCUUGAAGGCGGAUCUUAAACGCCAGUAUCCGGGUUACAAGUUCAGCCCUGAGCAUCGCAAGGGGGGUGAUGCGGCAAAGCCCGCUAUUUUCAUGACUCGACAGGAAUGGUGCAAUCACACUGAAGUCGGCCGGUCCGCACGCAUGUGGGCGGCUGUGGGUCUCGCCGCGGGCGGCCGACUCCGACAAACCCCAGCCCUCGUUGCAGGCUCGCGAGCUAGCUUCGCUUGA